UUCGUCUUUAAAGUGCCUUGCCCGUCAGACUCGGCUAGUUUUGCUGCAACGAGCAAAAGGAUCUUGCAAUUUCUACAACCGGCCACAGCCAGAGGGCGCAAUGACUUGCAACUGCUUCGCUAUCGGAGAAAGGGAGCACUCUUUACCGCCAGUUUGUUGCUUUCGAGCUGAGAGGACCGCUCCAGAAUAAAGUCUCACCAAGCGAUCUUUCCACUUCGUAGAUAUGACUGAGGCAGAAGUAAAUCCCAAAGCUUAUCCGCUAGCUGAUGCUCAGCUCACCAAGACACUGCUGGAUCUUGUACAGCAGUCCUGUAACUACAAACAGUUACGCAAAGGAGCCAAUGAAGCUACUAAAACUUUGAACAGAGGAAUUUCUGAAUUCAUUGUGAUGGCUGCAGAUUCUGAGCCCCUGGAGAUCAUUCUUCACCUUCCUCUUCUGUGCGAAGACAAGAAUGUGCCCUACGUGUUUGUGCGCUCUAAGCAGGCCCUGGGUCGGGCCUGCGGUGUUUCACGGCCUGUCAUUGCCUGCUCCAUUACUAUCAAAGAAGGCUCACAGCUUAAGCCUCAGAUUCAGUCUGUCCAACAAGCCAUUGAGAGACUGUUAGUCUAAAUCUGACCACCCAUCCUAAAAUUCAAGAAGCAAGUUAAAUGUUUGAUUUCUAUCAAUUUUUCUGUUCAGAUCUUGUCAUUUGUACAGCAUUUGCUUUUGCCAAGUUUGAGUUGUCUACCAGGUUUGUCUCUUCCUUCUCCUUACCUCAGUCAUGCUUACUGUGUAGGCCCUUAACAGGCAUGUUUUGGUCAUUGCUUUUAACAGAUUAAAAUUCUUCUUUCUACUGUGA